GCAGAUUUUAUAGCGUCGCACAUAUUGAAUCUUUGCAGAAUCUGGAAUACUACCCAACAUCCGCGUUUACCUUUGCCGACGAGUUCAUCUGAGAAAGUCUUCUAUCAGAACCAUGGUGUUCCAUAAGGAGUUCCAGACUGCAGGCAAAGAGCCUGGUCUUCAGGUCUGGCGUGUGGAAAAGAUGGAUCUGAAGCCAGUUCCUAAACAACUCUACGGGAACUUCUUCACUGGAGACUGUUAUGUUCUCCUCUAUACCACCGCUGCCCCCUCAUACUACAUUCACAUGUGGCUGGGAAGUGAGAGUUCUCAGGAUGAGAAAGGUGCAGCGGCCAUCUUUACCACCCAGCUGGAUGAUUUCCUGGGCGGAAGCCCGGUCCAAUUCAGAGAAGUGCAGAACAACGAGUCGAUCACCUUCCUGGGAUACUUCAAGUCUGGCAUCAAAUAUAAGCAAGGGGGGGUGGCUUCUGGCUUCCACCAUGUGGUGACCAACGACAUGAACGUCAAGCGCCUGCUGCACAUCAAAGGCCGCAGGGCCAUCCGGGCCACUGAGGUUGAGCUGUCCUGGAGAAGCUUCAACACAGGAGACUGCUUCAUCAUUGAUCUGGGAAAGGACGUCUUCCAGUGGUGUGGCAGUGAUUGCAACCGCUUUGAGCGCCUGAAGGCGUCCCAGGUGGCCAUCGAUAUCCGUGACAAUGAGAGGAAUGGCCGUGCCAAGUUGCAAAUUAUUGAGGAGGGAGGAGAGCCACAGGCAGUCACAGAUGUUCUUGGGCCCAAACCCAGCCUCCCUGCAGGAAGUCCUGAUGAUGAGGCAGUUGAUAGAUCCAACAAGAACAAGGGCGCUCUCUACAUGAUCUCUGAUGCAACAGGCUCCAUGAAGGUGUCCGUGGUGGCCCAGACAAGCCCUUUCAAACAGGAGAUGCUUUCGCCCAGCGACUGUUACAUCCUGGACAACGGAGUGGACAGCAAUAUCUUUGUCUGGAAAGGACCGAGCGCAGAUGCAUCCGAGCGCAAGGCUGCCAUGACGGCUGCGGAACAAUUCAUCAAAGAGAAGAAUUACCCCAAAAACACCCAGGUCCAAGUGUUGCCAGCCGGAGCAGAGACCACCCUCUUCAAGCAGUUCUUCAGUAACUGGAAGGACAAAUACCAGACCACUGGUCCAGGCCAGGCCUACACUUUGGGCCACAUCGCCCGGGUGGAGCAAAUCCCCUUCGACUCUUCCACCCUGCACAGCAACAAAACCAUGGCUGCCCAGCACGGCAUGGUGGAUGAUGGAUCUGGAAAGGUUCAGAUGUGGCGUGUGGAGAAUGGUGACCAGGUGCCAGUGGACCCUUCCAGUUAUGGUCACUUCUAUGGAGGUGACUGCUACCUGGUCCUGUACAGCUAUCGUGUGGGAGGCAGGGAGCAGCACAUCAUCUACACCUGGCAGGGUCUGAAGUGCACUCAGGAUGAGCUGGCUGCCUCCGCCUUCCUCACUGUCAGGCUGGACGACUCCAUGGGAGGUACACCUGUCCAGGUGCGUGUGACUCAGGGCCAAGAGCCGGCCCACCUGAUGAGUCUGUUCAAGGGGAAGCCCAUGGUGAUCCACCUGGGUGGCACGUCCCGUAAAGGGGGCCAGAGCAAGGCGGGCUCCACGCGCCUCUUUCAUAUACGCCAAAGUUCUACUAAGGCCACGCGGGCUGUAGAGGUGCCGCCCUCUGCUUCCUUCCUGAACGCCAACGAUGUGUUUGUCCUGAAAUCCCCCGACGCUUUGUUUUUGUGGAAGGGAGUGGGGGCAACUGACGAGGAGCUGGCUGGGGCCCAUUACGUCACCUCUUUCCUGGGAGGAAGUGUGACAGAUGUGUCAGAGGGCAAGGAGCCUGCUGGUUUCUGGUCUGCUCUGGAGGGGAAGAAGGAGUACCAGACCUCCAGGAGUCUGCAGAAGAUGGUCAAACCACCACGCCUGUUUGGCUGCUCCAACAAGACUGGCAGGCUCAUAGCUGAGGAGGUGCCUGGAGAUUUCAAUCAGUCAGACUUGGCAACUGAUGACGUCAUGCUUCUGGACACUUGGGAUCAGAUCUUUGUCUGGAUCGGCAAUGAGGCCAAUGAGAUGGAGAGGACUGGAUCAGCAAAAAUUGCCACAGGCUAUGUGGAUACAGACCCCUCUGGUCGCCGGGGGAUUCCCAUCACCACAAUCAAACAGGGAUUGGAACCGCCAACUUUCACCGGCUGGUUCCAGGCCUGGGACCCCAAGAUGUGGGAGAAAGACCCUCUGGACCGCAUCCGUGCCCACUUUUAAAGUGUACUGUACAUGUGUACAACCACUUUCCACUACUGCCUGCCCUCCCUUGCAUGGCUUAUUCUGCUUUAUCCUGCACUCCUGAACAAACAAGGCCAAGACAUUUGGGAUAUCUGUAAGGAGAUCCAUACGCCGGAUGAAACUGGGUCAUUAUACUGGGCUAGUUCAUAGUUUUCAGCUUGGAUUAGCCUGGAAGCAGGACUGUUUGUGUUCUUGCAUACUCCAUUGUGAUUGUCAGCCACAUUUUAUAUAUAACAUAAAGUUAAAUGGAGUUGGAAUGAAAGCACAAACGGACUGACGCUCAGGCUAUGCUUAGAUGAAUAUAUCAGCGAAUAGCAUGUCUUUGCUUGUACUAUUAUCAUGUGUAACUGUGUGACCUCUUGAUAAAAACAAAAUACAAUUAAUAAAGGGCCAACACUCAAAUGCAGGAAUGUAAGUAUAUGUAAAAAAAAAAAUAAGUGCCUAACAAAUUAUCUUUCAUGCUUGUUUAUUGGAGGCAUUUACCCUGUAUCUUAAAAAAAUGAAAAAACCUUUGUUGAAACAGAACAUAUUUGUGAGGUUUUAUGGAAUUUGGUAAUUUUUCAUCAUAAAAUAUCCUGCUUUUUAA